AUGUCGUUUUCCGGCAUUCAAGGUCAACUCAUUGAGAUUACAGUGGUCGGUUGUACCAAAUUGAAAGACACAGAAUGGAUUUCAAGGCAAGAUCCCUACAUCUGUCUCGAAUAUGCUAGCACCAAAUACCGUACACGUACCUGUACAGAUGGUGGGAAAAACCCUAUAUUUCAAGAGAAAUUCGUCUUUACGUUGAUAGAAGGGUUGCCGGAGUUAAAUGUUGUCGUGUGGAAUAGCAAUACUCUAACUUAUGACGAUUUCAUCGGCAGUGGAAAGGUUCAGUUGCAGAAAGUUCUGUCUCAGGGUUAUGACGACAACUCGUGGCCUCUUCAGGACAAGAAAGGCAGGCAUGCUGGAGUAGUUCGACUGAUUAUGCACUAUUCAAAUGCAAAUGCAAAUAAGCCAGCAAUGAGCUAUGCUCCAUCGGCUCCACCAUUUGGGGCUGCAUCGGUACCUCAGGUCACUCUCUUCUCUGCACCUCAAUCUACCGUUCCUUACAAUCCAUCUGUAAAUGGCUACUCAUCUCCAUCUCUGUAUCCUACAUAUCCCCCUACCUCAGCAGGAUACCCUCCUUCGCCUUAUCAUUCUCAGCCUGCUACUUAUCCUCCAUCUUACCCUCCAAUUUCUGGAUAUCCUCCAUCACUAUAUUUGCCACCACCUCAAGACUUGCACUAUUACCCUCCAGGGUCAUAUCCACCACCACCAUAUCCUCUACCGCCCUACUGA